UGAUGGAUAUGUACAAACAGAUCAGCGGACUGGGAGAGAAGUAAACUUACAUUAAAGGAAAUAACUGCACCGCGCAGACAUUUAUGAGAAGGCUACGCAUGACGCAGGUGUUUGCUGAAGAAAAGUUUGGAUGACCCGUGCAGUAGCAAAACUCUGCUGAAGAGGCGACAGAGGUGCGUAAUAACUCAGACUGGACCAUUUGUGACAGUGAUCCGGUGAAGGAAGACCUGGUGUUGCUUAUUUCACCUGCCUGUGUUGAUUCUGAUCAAAUUCAUCUGUUUUUAAUGCUGCUUAGAAAGGAUGAAGGACUUUUUACUUCACUGUGUUCUUUUCUGGGCGAUGUUGCAGCGGAGCAACAUGCAAAUUCCUGUAUCUGCCACAGUGUUAAACUGCUGUGAAGGGGAUAUUCUCCUUCUGCUGGACUCUUCAGGAAGUGUGGCAAACUACGAGUUCUCACGCCUGUUGCUCUUUGCCACCGAGCUGCUUCGCCCCUUCUCGUUGGGCCGUGGGCACGUAAGAGUCGGGCUGCUGCAGGUGGGCACAAACCCAAACCUGGAGUUCGGCAUGGACGUCCACAACAAUCAGGAAAGUCUGCAGAAAGCUCUGCGGAGUGUCAGACAGCUGCAGGGAGACACCAACACCGAGGCUGCGCUCAGGGUGGCCCAGCGGCUUCUGACAGAGACAUUGGAGAACGUGCCAAAGAUACUGCUGUGGUUGACUGAUGGUGUUCAGCCUGGAGACGUGGACAAGCCGAUGUCUGAGCUGAAGGCGCAGGGAGUUUCUGUGUUAGCUGUGUCUACAGUACAUGGAAACUACCAGGUGUUACAACGUGCAGUGACACCACCUCUGGAGUCUCACCUCUACUCUGUGGACAUAGAUAACAUCGAAAUCAUCACAGAGGACAUGAGGGAGGCCAUCAUCAAAAUCAUUCAUGCAGAACGGCUGCGCGUGGUUGACUUGACUUCCCACAGUGCUGUGCUGCAGUGGCGUCCUGUUCUGAGCGCAGACAGCGGUUACUAUGAACUCCGGUAUAACUCUGUGUGGAAAACGGACCCUGAGACCAGACGCAUUCUCCCAGGCGUCUCCAGCUGGGCAGAGCUGACCAACCUGCAGCCUGAUACCACCUACACGGCUUCCCUCCGCCCCGAGUCCAACCAGAGGCUGUUUAACACACUCUCUGUAAACUUCACCACACUUCCUGAUGUUUUAAGCCCGGAAGUGGUGUCCGUGUCAGAUUCUGGCCCUCGUCAGAUCCGUGUGAGCUGGGGUCCCCUGCAGCCGGCUCGAGUCCUGAGAUAUACAGUGGAGUACGGAGCUAUUCCAAGCGGACACGUCCACACCGUGACGUUACACAGCCAGCAGAACUCUGCCAUACUAACUGGCCUGGAGCCAGGCACUCAGUACCUGGUCACAGUCAGCGCUCUGUAUGUGAAUGGAAAAGAAAGAGCCAUGUCUGUGAGGGCAUGCACUCAAGAGGCUCUGCCUGGCCUGGCCGACCUUCAGCUGAUCCCAGCAGAGCGUCAGGAGGUGCAGGUAGUGUGGCAGGCCCGUCAGGAAGGCUUGAAAGGCUACUGGCUGAGCUGGGAGAGAGAAAACUCCCACAGCUCUUCCUCGAAGCCCUCCAUCUCCUCUGUCUACCUGCAUCCUACCUCUCAUUCAACGCGGCUCGCACACCUCGCACCGAGCAGUCGAGUGUGUGUGUCCCCGGUCUACAGCUCUGGCCGAGGGGACGGGAUAUGCUGCACUGCAGGGAGGCACACAGAUUCCAACCAGUAGGAUUAACAGCCAGAGUCUGCAGCAAUCAGCCAGCUAGGGCGGGGGGGGGAAAGGGUGAAAUCGAGCCUUUUAAGUGCUGGAUGAACUAGAUAACUUGUGCAGGACUGAGUUGAAACUUUAUUCUUGAAAUUAAUUAUAGUGACAGAAAAGGCUUCAUCACAUAACCCCACCCCUCUGUCCUCACAAUGGCUGAGCAAAAAUCUGGCAUGAUUAUUAAUUUUUUGUCCUGCAAAUGAAAAUCACCAACUUUGCAGGAAGGCUGUCCACCACAGCACCACACGUGUUCAAACAUAUCAGUUAGUCAGGAACAUACACAGCUGCAGAGUAUGCAGGUAGGCAGCGUUCACAGUUUGUGUGAGUAACUAUUGUUAUUGAAAAUUAUUAUUCAUUAUUAUGAUUAUCAGUCUGUAAGGUUAGCCUACUCUUAAAUUGUACUGUUACAUAAUUACAGGUAUAUUUACUUGAAAUUAUAUGAAAAUGUUCUUUUCUCCUUUCAAGUAUAUUCAAAGUUCUUAGUAAACGUGAAGUGUGUCCUGCCCUGUAUUACAUCACUAGUUCACUAGCUAUGCUCAGCUGAGAACUGACUAGUUUGAAUGGAGUUUUGGGUACAACACCUGAAAUAAGACAAGAUAAGAAUGAGAAAAUUACAAAUUUUAAGUCUUUGAGGUACCAUAAACCACAAUGCAUCUUUAUUUUGAAGUGUAGAGCAAAUGCAAAAGCAGUGCAAUUAAAAAUACAACUGCGGCCUGAGAAGCCGAACUACAGUAGCCUGAUAAUCAGGCUGAAUUAAACUUUGUUUUCACUUCAUUAUUCAUUUAAAUAACUGAAAAUAAGAUGAUGUGACGUGAGCAUCAAUUCUGAAACUACGGUGGGAUUGUCACAAAGUCACAGGUCACCUUAACCCUCUGACCUUUUUUUACUACACAAUGUUUAAAGUUUUUCACAUGAAUGUUGUUAGAGGAACUAGUCUAAUAGUAGCCUGAAGCUGAAGAAGCUGUGAAUGCUAAGUUAGAGGACUAUGACAUUAGCAAAGUGCUUGCUCUGACUGAUACUGAUUCAUCCUUUGAAAUUUAUGAAAGUGUUAAUUUGUUAAAAUAUACAAAUGUAUUAAUAUAACAAAGUUGUAGCUUAAAUUUGUUAUAUUAACACAAAUGUAUUAAUAUAACAAAGUUGUAGCUUAAAUUUCUGAGUUCCCGGUCCAUUUUCACAAUUGAGAAUGACUUCCGGAUGGGAGCCGAAACGUCUUGAUUCUGAAAACAGAUGUGUCAAGUUGACUACGACUGAAACCUUUUCUACGACGGAACACUCCUGGAUGAAUGAGGGACUACACCAUAACAAAGUUAUGUUACACACAGAGGUAUCACUGAAACGUUGUUUUCCAAAAUCCAUUUUGGGGCCCACAGUCAGCAAACCAUAGUGAAGCUAACUGGCCAAAAAAAAACAACACUGCAUCAUAACGAUGCAUGCUGGCAAAUAUCUAUGACCACAUUUCUGCUUGCUCUGUACCAUGUGUGGCCCCUCUGCAUUGUUCAUUAUAUCAAAAGUUUCUAAUGUUUUGAUUUUGAAGCCAAUCAUGAAUGAGUCAGAAAAAGUUUCAUCAAUUUUUCUCUUGGUUGCACUCAGUGAUGGACAUUUAGCUGUUGCAUCAGUUGCCACACUGGCAGCACACAGUAAAAUCACAGAGAGGUGUGUUUCUGCAUUGCUGUCGGUGAUAAAACGCAGCGAGGAUGUGGUGCUUGUAAAGCACGAAGAUAAUUGUUGUAUUUUAUGUUAUCGGCUCUUCAGAUCAGUGUAAAUUCAACAUCAGCAUCCUGUUUCUGUACAAAGCUCAUAAUUAUUCAGUGUUUAUAGUGAAUAUGUACUGUGAAUAUAUAUAUAUAUAUAUUUUAAAUUGACUUGUUUUGUAUUUAUAUGCUACUGAAUUUAUGGCCAGGUUUGUCUGGUAAAAUGUUUCUCUGAGCAAAUUAAAUGACAAGAAAGAAGAUUUGUAUAAAAGAUAUUUGCACAGUGUUCAUAAGCAUUUGAUUUUAUAAAAUUAUAAAUACAUUUUUAAAAAUACCAUAAAAA